AUGUCGAAUUCAACAGAAAUAGCCGUCCAAAAGGACGCAGCUCACAUGGUUGAAUGGGCCGAUGACAGCAAACAUCAGAUUGACCAGCAAGAAGCACAACGCCUAGGAGCAGAAUUCGAUCCCAACUCUCCAGAGAACAAGAAUUGCUGGGCCCUCUACCUGCUGUCCAAUGUCGAUCGCGCGAACAUAGGGAAUGCCAAAACAGGAGGGCUCGAGGAAGAUUUCAAGCUGACCUCCACGCAAUACUCCAUCAUCGUACUAGUCUUCUUUACGUCCUACAUUGUCUGCGAGGUUCCUUCUAAUAUGAUCCUGGGGCGGGUGCGGCCCAGCGUUUAUCUACCCACCCUCGCCAUCCUCUGGGGUGUGGCUGCGGCGUGCCAAGGGGCGUGCCAGAAUUGGCAUCAGAUUGUCGGCCUGAGGUUCCUGAUCGGCUUCUUUGAGUCAGGAUUCGCUCCCGGGUGCGCGUUCUACCUAUCGUCUUGGUACAGGAAGUAUGAGCUUGCAUCGCGGUAUGCGUGGCUGUACACUUCUGUUGCCGUCGCUGGCGCGGUCUCUGGCUUGCUGGCAGGUGUGAUAACAGAGUUCAUGGAUGGCGCUGCCGGAAUCGCCGGCUGGAGAUGGCUUUUUAUCAUCGAAGGCGUGGCGUCCAUUGUUCUUGGCGUUGUUGUCAUGUUCGUCAUGCCAGACUACCCAACUUCCAUCAACAGCAAAUUCCUCACUAAGGAAGAGCGUAUUUUGGCCUGCAAUCGACUUGCAAUCGACGGCAUGGGGCUUGCGCAAGGUGCGCAGCAGAGGGUUGGGGAGUGGACGGCAUUGAAAAUGACAAUCAGGGAUUGGAGAACGUGGUGUCUCUGCUUCUUGUUCGUCAUGGGAACUGGUAGCCAGACCAUACAAUAUUUUAUCCCGUCGCUGGUGGAGACCUUUGGAUGGAAAGUCCUUACAGUGAUGUCUGGCUCAGGAUUUGUCUUCUUUGUUGCUACCACAACAGCGACCGAUGGCAUGGUCAGAUAUGUCUUGGCCAUUUUCGCUUUUGGGACCAUCUAUGGCUGUUCUCCCCUCACCAAGACAUGGAUCUCACAUGUUCUGUCGCAUCCGUCCGAGAAGCGAGCAGUUGCGAUCGCUUUGAUCAAUGCACUCGGCAACGGUUCGUCCAUCUACGGAUCAUUCUUGUGGCCGGAUAAGGACUCGCCUAGGUUCACACCUGGUUUCGCGACAACAACAGCAUGGAUGGGAGCAUUAGCGGUUGGGACAGUUGUCUCAGCGUGGCUUUUCAAGAGAUAUCCUUCUCAGGCCCAAAAUCACGAGGCAGUGAUGGCCAGCCAGUUGCGAGCCGAGCGUGAGCAGCAGCAGAAGAUAUCGGGACAUGUCUGA